AUGGUCGCCAUUCUCGAGUGCUUUCGAGAACUAUAUGGAGCUUCCACGCAUCGGGGACCCGAUGCGUGGAAGCUCGCACACACCGUGCUCAUCCCCAAGCCCGGCAAGCCACCCAACCUGGACAACCUGCGCCCCAUUUCGUUCACGUCCUGCGUGGGCAAGGUGGCCGAGCACGUGGUGCUCAACAGGCUGACCCGGUACUUGGAGGACAAUGGGCUCUACCCGCACACCAUGAUCGGUUUUCGCGCCAAGCUCUCGACGCAAGACGCUAUGAAGCUGCUCAAGCACCAAGUCAUCGACCGCAACACUCGAGACACGCGGGCCAUUCUCGGGCUAGACCUGGAGAAAGCAUUCGACAAUGUUGCCCACUCUUUCGUGUUGCGGUCGAUCGCCGAGCUCGGCCUGGGAGCCAGAUUCUACGAGUACACCAAAUCGUUCCUGACCCGCAGGAAAGCCACCCUCAGGGCGGGAGACCUGGUCUCCGAAGAGAUCGAGCUGGGCUCGCGCGGCACCCCGCAGGGAUCGGUGAUCUCGCCCACCCUGUUCAACCUUGCCAUGGUCGGGUUGUCCAAGAGGCUCUCGCGCAUCGAGGACAUUAACCACACGAUUUACGCCGACGAUAUCACCAUUUGGUGCUCGGGCGGAGGCGACGGGCAGGUCGAGCGCGCCCUGCAGGAAGCCAUAGACACCACCGAAGAUUACCUCCGCCCCACGGGCCUGAGGUGUUCCCCAAGCAAGUCCGAGCUCCUCCUCUACCAACCCACUAGGCGGGGACCCAAGCCCAAGGGCUGGAAACCGAUCGCGGAGAGUGAGAUCAAGCUCCUCACCGGAGACGGCGCCGCAAUACCCAGAGUCGACUCCAUUCGGGUCCUUGGCAUGACCAUCGCGUCCAACGGUUCCAACGCCAAGACUAUACUCAAGCUUGCAACUAAGACGGAUAACGCGGUUCGGCUGGUCCGGCGGGUGGCCAACCGUCAUCACGGCCUCAAGGAAGACAACCUCAUCCGCCUGGUCAACGCCUUCGUGCUCUGCCACUUUUCGUAUGUCGCGGCCAUGCACAACUGGCAGCGUGCCGAGCGCGACAAGCUCAACGUCCUGCUCAGGAAGAUCACCAAGCGGGCCCUCGGUAUCCCGAUCAGGACACGCACCGAGCGCCUACUGCAGCUCGGAGUACACAAUACGUUGGAGGAGAUUGCCGAAGCGCAGGAGCGAGCCCAGAUCGCGCGCCUUUCUACCUCCCAGGCCGGUAGGCAUAUACUGCGAGAGCUCGGCCACUCCCCGGCCGAAGUGAAGGAGAAGAUGAGGCAGCUGCCCCGCGAGAUUCGCGACCUCAUUACCGUGGCACCGAUCCCGAGGAAUGUCCAUCCCGAGCACAACCGCGGUAGGCGACGGGCCAGAGCCGCUGCUAUUCUCAAGCAGAUCCGCAGCGAGGAACGCAGCGUCAGCUUCGUCGACGCGGCAGCCUACCGCGGGAGCCGCGCCUUUUCCGCGGUUGUCGUCGACUCCAAACAGCAAAUCACCAACUGCGCAUCGGUCCGCACCGACGACCCGGCAAUUGCCGAGCAAGUGGCCAUCGCCCUGGCUAUCCUGGACGGCGAAAGGGAUGUCAUCUAUAGCGACUCGAGGUCGGCUAUCAGAGCUUUUGAGAGCGGCGUCGUCUCCGAGAAAGCCCUGCGCGUGCUCCGGAGUGGCUGCCGAGACGGUAUAAAGGACCACGUACUUAUAUGGUUUCCCGCACACGUUGGACAGGUCAAGGGUGCUCCCCCCAACCUCAACGAGUCGGCCCACGAGACCGCGCGCGCGCUAACCGACCGCGCCGGUUCCGGGCAACGGCUUGGCCCUUACGCUCAGACUACUGCAGACGGAGACGUACCCUAA